UUAAAUUGUCCAAUAAUUAAAUUGCUGACAAUCUCAAUAUCUAAAUAUCAAUAACCAAUAAUCAAUCGUUGAUCGUUGUAACAAUUUAAAGUUAUCAAGAAAUAAUCUCAUAUCAAUUGUAUGAAUUGAAUUUGAUUUUUGGUUUUUUUCAAGAAGCAAAUUAAGUUAUCAUAUUAUCACAAUCAAUUAAAUCAUGUUUACAUUUCGUCAUGAUGAUAACCAAAUCACAAAUGACACGGAAAUAAACAACUCUAUCAUAAUCAUCUCAUCAUGAAAAUCAUUAUCAUCUAUCAAUAACAUGAAUAAGUAUCAUAUACUAUUCAAAUUGCGUUAAUCAUAAAAGUUUUCACCUAAAUUGUUGGGGAGCAAAAUAGGUGAAAGGUAACAUUUAACUGAUUCACUGAUAAUGAUGAUGAUGAUGAUGAUGAUGAUGAUGAUAGAUUAGGAUGAGUAUAUGAUGAUACCAACGAUGAUGAUCCCUAUGUCGUCCUGGUUAAAUCAUUGAGACGAAACAAUUUUCCUGUUUACUGAUUUUUCUUAUAACGAAAAUUGCUUAUUAUCAAUAGUAAUUUAAAUACAAUAUUCAUCAAGCUCUAAAUCAGGUCUCAUCUUUUUUUCACCUUCAUCAACAACCACCAAUACCUCCUCCAAAUACUCAUCAUCAUCAUCAUCCUAACCCCCACCCUCCACCUUCAUCUUCAUAUAUUACCUUUCGCUCAUCUUCAUAACUGUUAACUUUACCCAGAGGGGGCUAAUUGUAAACAAUUAAAUUGAUCAUAUUUUGACUUUUCUUUAACAUUAAGUAUCGGUAGCAAUUUCUCACCACAUCACCUCACCUUUAGUUGAUUAAUUCACUUAUCCCAAUUGGAUUAACUCAAAUUCUUAAAUCUUUGUCUUACUUUACUUAUGUUAACUGUAAUAAACAUGAAAUUAAGCUAAUCCAAAAUCUUGGGAGUAAAUUGUUACAAUUAAGUUUUUUGUUUUUACUUUGAUUCUUUUGUUUUAUUUUGUUUUGUUUUUCCUCGUCGAUUCCAUUGGAUUAACUUUUCUAUCAUCUAUUGUUACUUAUUUACCUUUUGAUUGUUUCUUAAUUGUGUUCUCAAGUUAAUUUAAGUUAAUCUUGUGUUAAUCUUGGAGAUUUCAAAAUGGAUUGCAAACAAUUUAAACAGUUAAUCCAUUGUUUAGCUAUUAUCGUGAUUAUUUUAUCAAAGAAUGGUGAAUGUAAAGAGAUUGACAGUAAAACUGAUCUACAGGAAGAGGAAGCCACUGAUCCAGAGACUCGUUCACCGGCUUAUCUGCCUAAAUCCAAAUCCUCAUCUAAUCCAUCAUAUUAUGGAAAAGGUGAAUCAUAUGAUGAUGAGAAUAGUAAACAAAAUGGUGACAAUCAUUUAUCAACUGAUGUUGGAUCAAAUUCUCAUUCACGUUCCAAUGAACCUUCGUUACCUUUGGAACGACCUGAAGUGCCAUUGAUCAAAGGUAUUCAUGUUCGUUGUGAGAAAAGUUCAAUGUCGGUUAAGAUUGAUUUUGAUCGACCCUUUUAUGGAGUAAUCUUUUCAAAAGGACACUACAGUGAUCCUAAAUGUGUCCAUGCUCCACCAGCGACUGGACAAUCGGAGAUUAGUUUUGACCUUAGGCUUGAUGCUUGUGGAAUGGUUGGUUCAGAUGAAGCUCAUGGAGCUCGAGGUUCGUCUAAACCUUGGCUUUUCACUGAAUCAACGAUCAUCAUUCAACACGAUCCACAAGUCCAAGAGGUUUGGGAUCAAGCUCGUCGAUUACGUUGCACUUGGUACGAUUAUUAUGAGAAAACGGUCUCAUUUAAAUCUCUUGGAGUUGAAAUGAUGGACGCAGUGACCACCAAUUUCCUUGGUGAUAAUAUUCAAUGUUGGAUGCAAAUUCAAGCGGGAAAAGGUCCUUUCAAUAAUGAGGCAACGGGUUUGGUUAAAAUUGGUCAAACAAUGACAAUGGUUUUAGCAAUUAAAGAUGAUGAUGGUAAAUUUGACAUGUUGGUCCGUAAUUGUGUCGCUCAUGAUGGUAACCAUAGACCCAUUCAACUUGUCGAUGAAUAUGGUUGCAUAAGUCGACCUCGAAUCAUGUCCAAAUUUCGUAAACUUAAAAACUUUGGUUACUCAGCAUCGGUUGCAACUUAUGCUUAUUUCAGAGCAUUCAAGUUCCCCGACUCAGUUAACGUUCACUUUCAAUGUGUCAUCCAAGUUUGUCGAGAAGCUUGUCCAGUUCCAAGUUGCACUGACACCGGAUCAGAGCCCACUUUCCAUCCCGAAGAAGGUGGAGAAGAGAGUAAACAAUCACCGACAGCGGUUGAUAUUAACGGUAAUCGACCUGCGACAUUUAAUGUUAACAGUGUUUCUAGUUCUCAAUCAACACUAAUCAAUGCCAAACAAUAUCCUGGAGCAGCGAUGAUCAAUUCCGGUGUUGCACCAAGAGUAAUGGUUGCAAGUCAACUUCCAUCGUCCCGCUUAGAUGACCUUAACCGAACUUGGCCUCUUCCAGCGGCAACAUUUAUCCACCCGAAAACAUUAUCAUCUCAUCCUUUAUAUCAAAGACCACGAACCAAGAGAGCGAUUAACAAUACAACCGCUGUUAGUACUCAGAAAACAAUUCGAGUUGUUGCCCCAGGGGAUAUUUCAUUUGAUUUCACUUCGACAACCGAUGAAACUGAAACUCUCGACAUCUUUGGACCAGAAUCAUCCUCAUCCUCAUCUUCAUCUUCAUCAUCAUUAUUAUCCUUUGACUCGGCAAAUCGUUACUGUAUCUCUGGUAUUGUCCUUACAUUAACCGUCGUAAUCGUUGGAUUAAUGUUAAUUGUUUCCUCGUUAAUUGCUGUCUUCCUUUACCUUCGUGUUAAUCUAAUGAAUCGUUCAUGUUCAGUUUCACUUAAAGAUUCAAUUAGUUACCAGAAUUUAGAUCCAUCCAAAUUAGCAUCACUCAGAAGUUUACAAGUUAAAACUCCCGGAGAAGCUUCUUGUUGAAAAUUAGAUGUUAAUUAUAACAAUUAACCAUCACAAUCAUUUUUUUUUCUCAUCAUCAUUUGUUCAAUUCAAUUAAUCCUUCCAAUACCCUAACCCAUACGCUAUUGAUUAUCAUCUGAUCAAUUAAACAAAAAAUACUAUUUAUUUUAUUAUACAUUAACAAUCAAUAUCUAAUAUUAAUUAGAUUGAUCUAACAA